UCGUCGGAGGGUGUCCUCUGUAUCCCGUAUGCCCUGCUAUAUUCAUUGAACGGCGCAUUGGAGCGGCAUCAUUUUCCCGAGGCGCCGUAGAUAGUCCCCCUUUUAUGUGAAUUCCGCACGACGCACCGAACAAAUCUCGACUCAAUAAACGCCGCUUCUUGUGCGGACAGCUCGUCGUUUCGUAUAGCAGCUUCGUCGCGGUGCGAAUAACAAUACGCAGUAAUGGGCGUGGAUGUCGAGGUUCUCAGGCAUGGAGAUGGUCAAACCUUCCCAAAGACUGGACAAAUGGUAGUUGUCCACUAUACAGGUACCCUUGUUGAUGGAAAGCAGUUUGACUCCAGUAGAGACCGCGGUGUCCCAUUUAAGUUCAGAAUUGGGAAAGGCUUGGUGAUCAGAGGCUGGGAUGAAGGUAUUGCGCAAAUGUGCGUUGGAGAACGGGCUAGGUUAAUUUGUUCUCCAGAUUAUGCUUAUGGUAGCACAGGCCAUCCUGGAAUUAUUCCACCAAAUGCUGUUCUUAUCUUCGAUGUGGAGUUGCUCAAGGUGGAACCCUGAAAUACCUCUUAGAGUGUACCAAACUGACCAAAUGCAUUUCAAUAUGAAAAAUUUACAAAGAAAAGGAAGAAAAAGAAACGCAUCAAAUUGCAUUACGUUAGGUAGUCGUCGCACGAAUGGCACAUUUCUUACACUCAUGCCUUAAUUCAAUCGCUCGGACAUUUAAAGUCGCGAAAUGCGAUUUCUACAAAGUAAUAUAUGUAUACAUACAUAUAUGUAUACAUACACACAUACAUUUGUGUGUGUGUGUGUGUGUAUAUAUAUAUGUAGCGACACAUUGUUUCGUGCUGUUGACAAGCAGUGUACAAUUUAUACAAUGUAUAAAUUGUAGAUCAACAAUACCCGAACAAUACUGCGUAUAGGUGUUAGACUGUAAGAUCGUAUAUUAUAAUACGUAGUCUGAUUGCAUAUGCAGUCCAAGAGUUGCUACUUAACUUGUGUACUUGAUUAAAAACCGAUUUAAUCGUGUUCCUAUGAUGAGCGGUUGAAUGAAGGAAUCCUUUUCAAAUACAAUGUAAUUUGUGUUCAUUCCAUUCACUGUGUAUUUGAUAAAGCGAUCUUUCGGUUAUUUUAUACAAACACUGUCAACGAUAUCGAGAAACGAUCACCGUUGGCAAUGUAAUAGUACAGAGAUCUUUACAGGAUAAAAUACAAUAAAAUUAAAAAAAAAUUGUUUUGCUCUAUAUAACGAAACAUACAUACUUCUUCCCGUACAUACAUUAUAUGACAAAGAUAAUAUUCAACAUUAUUAAAUAUAAGAAGAAGGGACAAACAUUAUAACUUUUCUUAAAGCAUAACGUUUUUUUAAGUAUAACGUUAUUUACAAAAUAUUUGGAACAGUUUUUAUGUCUAUAAAUAUAUAUUGUGCAAUCUGUCA